UUGAUGGAAAUAUUAUCUAAUAAUUAAAUCAACCAAGCCCUUCAUCUCUGAACGAGAGUGUCAACAGGGCUUUCAGUUUCGCGCGCAAUGCUCAUUGACGGCUGAAUCCAAAUAACCGAUCAGACUUCGUCAACCGUAUGUUGCAUAAAUGAAGUCGUCAUAUUUAACCUUGCGUUUGGGUGAAAAGCCUCGUAUUGCUGAUUAAACUGACUAGAGUUAGGUUACCUCCUACACUGGGUAUCUGCCACUCACCUUCCUCGUCAUUGCUCGAUUCCCCCUGCAAGGCUAGAAUUCCGACCUUCCAAUUGUUAUGCUGUUAGCGUCUUCCAUUUUCCUUUUUAAUUAAUUUCUUUCUUUCGUAAAGUUAACCAAACAAGGCACAAGGAGAAACGAAACCUCUCAGAUCUGAGAACUACCUCUCUCUGUCUCUCAGAUCCAUGGCUUGCUUGUUUCUCUUCCCUUUCGUUGCUUCUCUUCUAUUUUCUCUUUCUUUCGCUGAGAUCCGGUACUCUGAAAUCCGAUCAGAUGACCGUACGAUUAUCCCCUUCGACGAGUUUGGAUUUGCCCACAAGGGUCAACUCGAGCUCAACGUCUCUGACAUUCAGCUUUCUAACCCAAACCCUGAUCUCGACCUUUCCAAGGUCGGAUUCUUCCUCUGCACCCAAGACUCCUGGCUCCACGUGGUCCAGCAGAUAGAGGACAGCGAGAUCUCUUGUGCUCUACAGUCGGAUCUCAUCAAACAUGUCUUCACAUUCAAGAAUCUCGAAAACGGCAAGAGCAACUUCUCUGUAUUCGUCGUUGAAAACGACGCCGAUCAGUAUACUCUUGUUUUUGCUAAUUGCUUGAAUACGAUUAAGGUAUCCAUGGACGUCAACUCAGCGAUGUACAAUCUCGAAAGGAACGGUAACCGCGAUUACCUCUCUGCCGGCAAGACUAUUCUCCCUAGGGUUUUUUUCUUGUUUUCCCUCGUUUAUAUUGGUCUUACUGGGUUAUGGAUUCACGUGCUGUAUAAGAAACGACUCACCGUUUUCAGAAUCCAUUUCUUCAUGCUUGCGGUGGUCGUUAUGAAAGCUUUGAAUUUAUUAUGUGAAGCAGAGGACAAGUCUUAUAUCAAGAGGACUGGCAGUGCUCAUGGAUGGGAUGUGUUAUUUUAUAUAUUCAGCUUUUUGAAGGGGAUCACUCUGUUUACUUUGAUUGUGCUGAUUGGAACGGGAUGGUCUUUUUUGAAGCCCUACUUGCAGGACAAGGAGAAGAAGGUUUUGAUGAUUGUGAUUCCUCUGCAGGUGGUGGCAAAUAUAGCUCAGGUGGUUAUCGAUGAAACAGGGCCAUAUGGUCAGUAUUGGAUCACUUGGAAGAAGGUGUUUUUGCUGGUUGACGUUGUGUGCUGUUGUGCAGUUCUGUUCCCCAUUGUUUGGUCCAUUAAGAACCUGCGAGAGGCCGCUAGGACAGACGGGAAGGCUGCUGUGAAUUUGAUGAAAUUGACUCUGUUUAGGCAAUAUUACAUUGUGGUAAUUUGCUAUAUCUACUUCACCCGCGUGGUUGUAUACGCAUUGGAGACUAUUACUUCAUAUAAGUAUCUAUGGACCAGCGUGGUGGCUGGAGAGCUAGCCACAUUGGCGUUUUAUGUGUUUACUGGAUAUAAGUUUAAGCCUGAGGCCCAUAAUCCAUAUUUUGUGAUCGAUGAUGAUGAGGAGGAGGCUGCAGCAGAGCAAUUGAAGCUGGAAGAUGAGUUUGAGUUGUAAUUCGUUUAGAUAGCUAUUGAACAAGAAGCUGGGCCGGAAAAUUGGGACUAUUAGGGUAGGAACCUGAUCAUUGCUAUACAAUAAUCGGGUCAUUAUGAACAUUUUGACUGUUAAAAGGGGCAAAUGCAACUGCUCAUUAUGUGUUCUCUUUGUUUUCUUGUUGAUGCACUAUGUUUUUGUACUUUUGAGAUGAAAUAGUAUAGGUUCAUAAAUUUUCAUCUCUCUUCAUUAUACUGGAUACUGGGUAGUGUGAAUGUGAACAGGUUCUCAAACUAAAUAUUUUCAACCA